AUGUUUUGUGACUACAACAAACAAUAUGAAGAGGCAUUAGCAGAAAUGGAAAAACAGUGGAAGUCCUUGGACUUGAAGGAGGGAGAUCCGUAUUGGACGGACAACGAUGGAGUACCCAGAGGGGUUCAAGUGCAGGUCAUAAGAAGGAUCCCAGGCUAUGACUUUUUUGAACCAUACAAACAUGGUUGGAGGAUAUUUAAGACACAUAAAAAGAAUAUGACUACUGAACAUAUGCUGAAUGAACAUUUGUUUGGGGAACCAGGAAUUUGGUAAGAAAAAUUCUAGAAAAUACAAAAUUACAUUUUAGAUUCUGCGAAGCCUUUCUACACCUCGGUGUAGAAAACAAUGAAAGAAAUGGCAGAGAAACUGGCGGAGAGAAUCAAAAAACUAAUAGGAAUGAAAUGCGAACCAUACAUGAGAAAGAAAAAGUGA